GACCCAGUAUUGCUUAGUCGUCCGAGUACGUGACGCUUUAUCAAUGUUAAUUCAUUAAUAGUACCUUCUAAGUAUAAUAGGAGCUGAAACGAUAACUACGUUACGGUCUUAAACAAAUGAAAAAGUGAAAAUUAAUAACAUUUUUAUUGAAAACCAAACAGGAUAAGCGCACGCGGGUCAAUACAGUGGUUGGCGGCAGCGUGGCGUACAAAUUAUGCUAAAGAGCAUCAACGCUGCCUUCCAAUAUGCAGAAAACAAAUUCAGCUACGCCACCGUCAGCAGGAGCAUCGCCAGUGACGGCAGCAGAUAGCGUUGCGACAACAUCGAAUGUGGUGUCAGCUUCAGAAGCCGCAUCCAGUGCAAAUAGCAAUAGCGGCGAACGUUGCGACUCCGCUGCUCCAGCAUAUGGCACAGCAAAGCAGCAGCUGCAGCAGCAGCAACAAGAAUUGACGCCUAGCUGCAAGGAACAGAAUCUGCAACCCGAUGAGCAGCCGAUAGCCAUACACUAUUUAGCCAGCUUCCAUAUGAUCUGUGUAGUUACGGCCCUGUUGCCCUUGGUUACGCUCUUCACAUGUUUUGUGACCGCCUACGUCUUCCAGUACGACGAUGUACAUGAGACACAUUGCCGGGUUUAUAACAUAAUACCCUCGAUAAGUGCAAUUACUGGGGUUAGCCCGCAGCGUUAUUUCUGGCGUUUCAGUAUUGCGCUGCACAUCGGACCACGUAUACCCAUUGCCUUUGUCUAUAAGAACUAUUAUCGCGCCCAGUUGGCUCGGCUAGCGCCAUCGCUGGUACUAAAGACCAGUUGGCUAAUCACAUUAAUUUUGGUGUUAAACUGCAUUGAGAUUGCGGCAUUAGGUGGAGUGACCUAUAUAUCGAAUCGCGAGAACUAUCCUGUUCAUGAGAGAAUCUUUAUUACGUUUAUGGUAUGCUCGCUGUGCUAUAUGUUGGCUACCAUAAAGCUGAAUGGCAUAUUGAAUGCACGUAAAACGCUCAAUGCACGGCAGCUUCAAUCCAUCAAAUGGAAGAAAAUACUCUUUGUUGCCUCCAUAUUGAGCACCAUUGGUCUCCUGGUAUUUUUUGCUAAGCACCGUUUCUACUGCCACGAUCUGGCUUUCAGUUGGUUUGCAUUCUUUGAAUAUUUGAUUGCUAUUGCCAAUAUGCUGUUCCAUUUCACCAUCAUAUGGGACUUUCCAUCGCAGUUCAUGCUGAUUGUGCAGGGGCCGCGUGAAAAUUUGACGCAGUAUUUGGGCGCAAAGCCGAAAAUUAACUAAUUCCCCCAUCAUAUGUAAAGUCCUAGUUGAUUUACACAUAUUUCUUUUUUUGUAAAUUAUAAAUUGUACACAUAGACACAUACACACAUACAAAUAGAGAAUCACAAAACAUAGUCGUAUACAUAUGUAGAAUGUGGAAUGCAACUUUAACGAAACGUACAAUUGUACCAUUAUACUCUAAAUAAUUUACAACUAGCGCUUCCAUAACCAAAAUGAAACGAAAAUAACGCUUGAAUACAUUUUGUAUUAUUCUCACCUGUUCCAAUUCGACAAAGGUAUAUAUCCGAUUUAAUGAUUAUGUUAACUAUGCGUACAAAAUUUCAAAACAAAAAUGUUCACAAGUAAAUAACAUAAAAUUUUAGUCUCUAAGUUAUCUUGAAACAUUUUAUCGAAUUCCACAAUUAAAUACCAUACAUAUAUACCAUGUGUACAACCUGCGAGCUGCUCAUCUUUUUAAAAGCAAAGAGAAAACCAAAAAUUGUGAAAAAUUACUUUAAACGCAUAGCAUUGUAUAUAGGUAUGCAGCUAAGGUACAUUAUUUGUAUCAAUUCCAACCUGAAUAUACGUUUUAAGUUUAAGCUUAAGUUUUUUAUGAUUUUCAUAUAUAUAAGCCGACUGCAUAUUAUAUUUGUUUGAAU